AUGUUCCCCGGUGCCGGAAAGUACUCUUACGCUAACCAAACCCAAAACCAAAACGGCCCCUCCAGGCCCAACGGGCCACCACCCAACUUCUACGGCCAACAACAACAGCAACAGCAGCAGCAGCAGCAGUAUGCCAGACCCGGCGUUGCUCCUCCAAACAUGCAGGGAAACGGCAAUUUUGGAGGUCAGAGCUACCAGAGACCUUCUGAAGCUCCUCCCAGCCAACAGUACAGAAGCGAUGUGCAGGCCAAUCACGCCCAACCCGGGUUUGUGAACGGGCCCAGCCAGUACCAGCAGCCACAAAACUUGAUGGCCCCUCCACAGCAGGCGCAAGUCGCCGGUAGCGGCUCCAACAACGAGUUUUCCUACCAGUACUCGCAGUGUACCGGGAAUCGCAAAGCGCUGCUCAUCGGGAUCAACUAUUUUGGGUCUCAAAACGAACUGCGUGGGUGUAUUAACGAUGUCCACAACAUGCACAACUUCUUGACCACUCGCUACGGCUACCGUGCCGAGGAUAUCGUGGUCCUCACUGACGACCAGCAGGAAAUGUCAAGAGUGCCCUUGAAGCAAAACAUUCUGCGUGCUAUGCAAUGGCUUGUGAAUGGAGCGCAGCCCAACGAUGCGCUUUUCAUCCACUACUCGGGCCACGGAGGCCAAACCAAAGAUCUCGACGGCGACGAAGACGACGGCAUGGACGAUGUUAUCUACCCUGUUGACUUCCAGUCGCAGGGCCACAUAGUCGACGACGAAAUGCACGACAUCAUGGUAAAACCGCUUCCACCAGGAGUUAGACUCACUGCCCUGUUUGACUCGUGUCACUCGGGUACUGUUCUCGACCUUCCUUACACGUACUCUACCAAGGGUGUGGUCAAGGAGCCAAAUCUCUGGAAAGACGUGGGUCAGGACGGCCUGCAAGCAGCCAUGGCGUACGCCACAGGUAACACCACCAACAUGAUGCGCUCGUUGGGGUCAAUGUUCAAAAGUGCCACCAAGAAGGUCUCGGGUAACUCAAACCGAAACCAAGUUAUUCAAACCAAGUUUUCGCCUGCUGAUAUUGUAAUGAUUAGCGGUUCUAAGGACAAUCAAACGUCUGCUGACGCUGUAGAAAACGGACAGGCUACAGGUGCUAUGUCCCACGCCUUUGUCAAAGUGUUGAGCAUGCAACCGCAGCAAACUUACCUCUCAUUACUGCAGAACAUGAGAGCCGAAUUGAGCGGUAAAUACAGUCAGAAACCUCAGCUUUCAAGUUCUCACCCUAUCAAUGUUAACUUGCAACUGUUGCUUUGA